AUGAAUGCCUCAAACACGUCGGGAGCACCUCUGACGGAGUGUGACUAUAACAGCACCAAUGUCACCGACAUGGCUCUGUACUAUGGGGACUGCGAAUACCCCCUGACCGACUAUCCCUCGACAGAAACAGACGCAGAGGUGUCCAUAGGUCUAAAGGUGUUUCUGGGGAUAGUCUACUGUCUGAUCGUGAUGACGUGUGGCUUCGGCAAUCUCCUGCUCAUCUCGGUCAUCGUGUGGUUCAAGAAAGCCCGCACCAUGACCAACACACUCAUCGCUAACCUCGCUCUGUCAGACUUCCUGGUGGCCGUCUUCUGUCUGCCCUUCAACCUCGACUACUACAUCAUCAAGUCCCGGAUGUGGACCCACAGUCACGUGACCUGCGUGGCUGUCCACUUCCUGCGGCAGACGUCGCUCUACGUGUCCACCAACGCUCUGCUGGUCAUCGCCAUAGACAGGUACAAGGCGUACUACCUGUCUAUGCUGGUUCUGGAGUUCGUCAUUCCUGUCAUCAUUAUGACGUUCUGCUAUGUCUUCAUCGUACGGAAGAUUUGGAAGAGACAGGUCCCUGGCUUCCGGACUGACGAACAGAAUCAGAGCAUCAUGCGCUCCAAGCGGCGGAGUGUUCGCCUGCUGGUGGUGGUGCUCGUGCUCUUCGUGCUGUGCUGGGGUCCCUACUACGGAUAUUCCAUCGCCCGGGACUACUUUCCUUACAUCUGGUCGAAGAACAAGCUGAACCUCCCCAUCUUCUACGUGGUGGAGGCCCUGGCUAUGGGCAACAGCAUGAUCAACACCGUGGUCUACAUCGCCAUGAACGACAGCAUCAAGAAGUACAUCAAGAAGAUUCCCAGAAGCUGCAAGGCGGCGUGGGAUGCGAGACAAAACCGCAAGGUGGCGCCCGCGAACGGCAGACGGAGAGGCGACGCCGAGAUGAACGCCAGGAAAAACCCUCUGUUGAUUUCCACCAUUUUCAGACCUGUCCGAGUCGACGCGUUCGUCCAGGAGUCUCGAUCAACCCACGUGUGA